GGUAACUUCCGGUUUCAGUAGCGAACAGCCACAACCAUCAAAAUGGCGAAGGCCGCCACAACGCACGAAGAUAUCGAGGCCCAGAUCCUGGAGAUCCAGGGGAUGAAGGCCUCCCUGCUGGAAGAAGGAGCAGCAGAGCAGGGAGUAGGCCUGGUAUCGACUGGCUUUUAUGACCAGGAGAUCUAUGGAGGAAGCGACAGUCGCUUUGCUGGCUAUGUCACUUCCAUCGCUGCCAAUGAACAGGAAGAAGACGAUGAAGAGGACACGUCAACAAGUUUGCUGGGGCAGAAAAAGCAAGGGUACCACGCUCCAGUGGCCAUCCUUAAUGCCAUCCCUCAGUCAGAUGAACAAUAUGACCCCUUCGCUGAGCAUCGUCCACAGAAGAUCGCAGACAGGGAGGACGAAUACAAAACUCGCCGCAUGCAGAUGAUCAUCUCGCCGGAGCGUCUCGACCCAUUUGCAGAUGGAGGCAAAACGCCAGAUCCGAAGCUGCCGGUCAGGUCAUACAUGGACGUCAUGAGGGAGCAAAACCUGUCCAAGGAGGAGAGAGAGAUUCGGCUGCAGAUGGCAGAGAAGGCCAAGUCAGGUGACCUGAAAGCUGUCAACGGUUCUGCCGCCAGCCAAGCUGCUGCUAAACGCAAACGUCGCUGGGACCAGACAGCUGACCAAACGCCCUCCAAUGCCACCCCCAAAAAGAUGUCCAGCUGGGAUCAGGCUGAUGCCACGGCUGAGACCCCAGGACACACUCCUGCACACACACCAUCCAACAGCCGCUGGGAUGAAACCCCUGGCCGGCCCAAAGGCAGCGAGACACCUGGCGCCACCCCCAGCACCCGUAUGUGGGACCCCACCCCAAGCCACACACCUGCUGGCGCUGCCACCCCAGGAAGGGACACCCCCGGCCAUGCCACCCCUGGCCAUGGAGGAGCCACGGGAAGCGUGCGCAAGAACCGCUGGGAUGAAACGCCAAAGACGGAGAGGGAGACCCCCGGACACGGGAGUGGCUGGGCAGAAACACCUCGCACCGACAGGGGGGAUGAGUCUGUUGGAGAGACUCCUACUCCGGGGGCCAGCAAGAGGAAGUCCCGUUGGGAUGAAACCCCUGCUAGUCAGAUGGGCUCCUCAACACCACUGCUCACCCCUGGAAAGACCCCAAUAGGAACACCUGCCAUGAACAUGGCAACCCCAACACCAGGUCACCUAAUGAACAUGACUCCAGAGCAGCUGCAGGCCUGGAGGUGGGAGCGAGAGAUUGACGAGAGGAACCGGCCUCUCACGGACGAUGAGCUUGAUGCCAUGUUUCCCGAAGGAUAUAAGGUGUUACCUCCCCCAGCUGGGUACGUGCCCAUCCGCACACCAGCCCGCAAGCUUGCUGCCACACCCACCCCAAUUGGCGGCAUGACAGGCUUCCACAUGCAAGUGGAGGAUCGCACCACCAAGCAGAUGAAUGACCAACCCUCCGGGAACCUCCCCUUCCUCAAACCCGAUGACAUCCAGUAUUUUGAUAAACUGCUGGUUGAGGUAGAUGAGUCCACGUUGAGCCCAGAAGAACAGAAGGAAAGGAAGAUCAUGAAGCUGCUAUUGAAGAUUAAAAAUGGAACUCCACCCAUGAGAAAGGCCGCCCUUCGUCAGAUCACAGAUAAAGCUCGCGAGUUUGGAGCGGGACCACUGUUCAACCAGAUCCUGCCACUGCUCAUGUCCCCCACCCUCGAGGACCAAGAGCGCCAUCUGCUGGUUAAAGUUAUUGACCGCAUUCUCUACAAAUUGGAUGACCUGGUUCGACCCUACGUACACAAGAUCUUGGUGGUGAUUGAGCCCCUGCUGAUUGAUGAGGACUACUACGCCAGAGUAGAGGGGAGAGAGAUCAUUUCCAACUUGGCAAAGGCCGCCGGCUUGGCUACGAUGAUCUCCACCAUGCGUCCUGACAUCGACAACAUGGACGAGUAUGUCAGGAACACCACUGCCAGAGCCUUUGCUGUGGUGGCAUCAGCCCUGGGCAUCCCAUCCCUUCUGCCUUUCCUCAAAGCCGUCUGCAAAAGCAAGAAGUCCUGGCAGGCCCGGCACACAGGCAUCAAAAUUGUCCAACAGAUCGCCAUCCUCAUGGGCUGCGCCAUCUUGCCUCACCUGCGCAGCUUGGUGGAGAUCAUCGAGCACGGUCUGGUAGAUGAGCAGCAGAAGGUCAGGACCAUCAGUGCCCUGGCCAUCGCCGCUCUUGCUGAAGCCGCCACACCGUAUGGUAUCGAAUCCUUUGACUCUGUCCUCAAGCCUCUCUGGAAGGGUAUCAGACAGCACAGAGGAAAGGGUUUGGCCGCCUUCCUCAAAGCUAUUGGCUACCUCAUCCCGCUGAUGGAUGCCGAGUAUGCCAACUACUAUACCAGGGAGGUGAUGCUGAUCCUCAUCAGAGAGUUCCAGUCCCCAGAUGAGGAGAUGAAGAAGAUCGUGCUCAAGGUGGUGAAGCAGUGCUGUGGCACUGACGGUGUGGAAGCCAACUACAUCAAGACUGAGAUCCUGCCCCCCUUUUUCAAGCACUUCUGGCAGCACAGGAUGGCCCUGGACAGACGCAACUAUAGACAGUUAGUGGACACCACAGUGGAGCUGGCCAAUAAGGUGGGAGCAGCCGAAAUAAUCUCUCGCAUUGUGGACGACCUGAAAGACGAGGCUGAGCAGUACCGUAAAAUGGUGAUGGAAACCAUCGAGAAAAUCAUGGGCAACCUUGGAGCAGCUGACAUUGACCACAAGCUGGAGGAGCAGCUGAUUGACGGCAUCCUGUACGCCUUCCAGGAACAGACGACUGAGGAUUCAGUAAUGCUCAAUGGUUUCGGCACCGUGGUCAACGCCCUGGGCAAGCGUGUUAAGCCCUACCUGCCUCAGAUCUGUGGUACAGUGCUGUGGCGUCUAAACAACAAGUCAGCCAAAGUGCGUCAGCAGGCUGCCGACCUGAUCUCUCGCACUGCUGUAGUUAUGAAGACGUGUCAGGAGGAAAAACUGAUGGGUCAUUUGGGUGUUGUGCUUUACGAGUACCUAGGAGAAGAGUACCCUGAAGUGUUGGGUAGCAUCCUGGGUGCACUGAAGGCCAUUGUCAAUGUCAUUGGUAUGCACAAGAUGACGCCGCCCAUCAAAGACCUGCUUCCUCGCUUGACCCCCAUUUUGAAAAACAGACACGAAAAAGUGCAGGAGAACUGCAUCGAUCUGGUGGGCAGGAUUGCGGACAGAGGUGCUGAGUAUGUGUCGGCCCGAGAGUGGAUGAGGAUUUGUUUUGAGCUGCUGGAGCUUCUCAAGGCCCACAAAAAGGCGAUCCGCAGAGCGACAGUCAACACGUUUGGUUACAUCGCCAAGGCUAUUGGCCCCCACGAUGUCUUAGCCACGCUGCUCAACAACUUGAAGGUGCAGGAGCGUCAGAACCGUGUGUGCACCACAGUCGCAAUCGCCAUCGUGGCUGAGACGUGUUCGCCGUUCACUGUCCUCCCUGCGCUCAUGAACGAGUAUCGUGUGCCUGAGCUCAACGUGCAGAACGGUGUACUCAAGUCACUGUCCUUUCUGUUCGAGUAUAUUGGCGAGAUGGGCAAGGACUACAUCUACGCCGUCACGCCACUGCUGGAGGACGCGCUCAUGGACAGAGACCUGGUCCACAGGCAGACAGCCAGCGCUGUGGUCCAGCACAUGUCCCUGGGUGUGUAUGGCUUUGGCUGUGAGGACUCCCUCAACCACUUGCUCAACUACGUGUGGCCCAACGUGUUUGAGACAUCGCCGCACGUCAUCCAGGCCGUCAUGGGCGCACUGGAGGGGCUCAGGGUCGCCAUCGGGCCAUGUCGCAUGCUUCAGUACUGCUUACAGGGUCUAUUCCAUCCAGCCAGGAAGGUGCGAGAUGUGUACUGGAAGAUCUACAACUCCAUCUACAUCGGCUCACAGGACGCCCUCAUUGCUCACUACCCUCAAGUGUACAACGAUGAGAAGAACAUGUAUGUCCGCUAUGAGCUGGACUAUGUCUUGUAAAUACUCCUUCCUUUUGUUUUUUUUGGAUCAACAGCUGCUUGGAGGUCCACAGUGAGCGUUAAAUGUAGGUGCAUUCCCUGUAAAAGAACAAUGUAGACUACAUAAUCUACAACACACCCCUCUUAUCUACCCUUUAGUCCCCCAUCAUUGUCAGAAAUCCGUUGAAAUUGUUUUAAAUAUUUGCAUAUUUCCUAUGUAAUGAUUCUGAUGGGGUAUUCCCUCUCAUUUCACAUCUCUUCUUAUUAGAUUGUUUUUAUUUAACCAAAUAAAAGGUUUAUGUACA